AUGAUUUAAUAUGGUGAUACCAUGAUUUUAUUUGAGGAUGGAAAACCUAAAUAAUUCCUUACAGUUACAUAAGGUUAAACAUAUCAAAAUAAAUACGGAGCAUACCAUCAUUAUACUUUUCUUGUUAAGCCUGGGGAAGAAAUACUUUCAAAGAAUGGAACAGGGCCCAUUUAUUUAAUGACUCCAAAUCCUCAUUUAAUAACAGAAACAGUUCCUCACAAAACUUAAAUUCUCUUUAUGGCUGAUAUAUCAAUGAUUAUACUUAAGUUGUGUUUAAAACCAGGUUAGCGUGUAAUUGAAAGUGGAACAGGUAGUGGAUCAUUGUCUUGUUCAUUAGCAGCAGCUGUUGGUCAUAAGGGCAGAUUAUUUACAUAUGAAUUCAAUAAGGAAAGAGCAAAUAAUGGUAAAGAAUUGUUUGCAAAAUUGAAAAUCAAUUAGGCCACUUGUUUUUGGAGAGAUGUUUAUGCUAAUGGCUUUUUGAAAGGAGAGGAUACUGAAAACUAAGGAGAAUUUCCAUAAGAAAGCAGCAUAGAUGCUAUAUUUUUGGACUUGCCUUAGCCAUGGUUAGCUUUGGAUCACUCUAAGAAAAUGAUUAAGAAAGGUGGAAGGAUUUGUUGUUUCUCUCCCUGCAUUGAAUAGGUGCAAAAAACAGCCUUGGAAUUAAAGCAAUAAGGAUGGAAAAACUUGGAGACAUUAGAAUGUUUAAAGAGACAUUUUGAAAGAAGAGUUAAACAGGAACAAUCACUAUUUGAUGAUGUUUAAAAGAAAGUAUGCACAGAUUAAAAUAAGAGAGUUACUUAUUCUGCAGGAAUAAAUUAAGCUUAUGGACACACUGGAUAUUUAACAUUUGCAUAAUAUAUAUGAUUUUUAGAUGGUGUAAUAUAAAUGUAAAAUUAAAAUAUAAUAAUAAUAUACAUGAAAGCACUC